UCUAUUGCUAUUCAAAGUUUUAUACCGACCGGCACUUUGUCCCAUUUUCAUCAAUAAAAUUAAAGUCGACUUUGCAAGACCAUAAGAUGAUUCAAUCUGACCUUCGAAAACUUCUUUCAGUAUUUUAGUAUCUUCAUAGGAAGUAUAUAGCAACCCAUUGAGCCAUUGAUGACUGACCUGAAACUGAAGGUUACAAUGGAUUUAUCUGUUGUUUUGGUCGUAGGCUUCUGCUUUGUGUUGCUUGGGAAUGGAGUUCAAUCUGAUAGAGAUGAUAAAAAGCUUCAAUCUCUUCCACAGGAUCAGCCUUAUAGAACUGGUUACCACUUUCAGCCUCCCAAAAACUGGAUGAAUGAUCCUAAUGGUCCCAUGUACUACAAGGGAGUUUACCAUCUGUUCUAUCAAUAUAAUCCAUAUGCUGCAGUGUGGGGCGCCAUAACAUGGGCUCAUUCAAUAUCAUAUGAUCUUGUCAACUGGAUUCAUCUUGAUAUUGCACUUUCUCCUGAUGAUCCUUUCGAUAUCAACGGCUGCUGGUCAGGCUCAACCACGUUCCUUUCCGGGGGAAAACCAGUCAUUUUAUAUACGGGAGGUGUUACCAUGAACCGCCAAGUUCAAAACUUGGCUGAGCCGAAAAACUUAUCUGAUCCUAUGCUAAGGGAAUGGGUGAAAUCAUCUCAUAAUCCUAUAAUCACCCAUGUUGAUGGUAUGGACUCAGAGAACUUUAGGGAUCCUACAACUGCUUGGCAAGGUCCUGAUGGAUUAUGGAGGGUCUUAGUUGGGAACGAGAUGAAUAGCCACGGAAGGGCACUGCUGUAUCGAAGUCGAGAUUUUGUUACAUGGACACAGAGUAAAGAACCUAUUCACUCGUCCACAAGGACUGGCAUGUGGGAAUGUCCUGAUUUCUAUCCAGUUUCCCUUGAUGGAAAAAAUGGAGUUGACACCUCUUCACUUGACAAAUUCACAAAACAUGUUCUCAAGGCAAGCUUCGACAGCAGCGAUCACUAUGUACUAGGAAAUUACACGGCCGUGACAGAUAAUUUUUCGGUUGACACUGAUUUCUUGGAGAAUGGUUCAGAUUUACGAUACGAUUAUGGUAACUUCUAUGCUUCUAAGACAUUUUUCGACAGCGCCAAGAAGAGAAGGAUCUUGUGGGCCUGGAUACAAGAGUCUGACAGUACAACAGAUGACAUCAAGAAAGACUGGUCUGGUCUACAGUCAUUUCCUCGAAGCAUUCUACUUAGUAAAACUGGUAAGCAAUUGAUUCAGUGGCCGGUGGAAGAGAUUGAAAAGCAACGUACCGUAAAUGUCAGCUUCAAGAACAAGGAACUUAAGGGUGGAUCUGUACUUGAAAUCUCAGGCAUUACAGCUUCUCAGGCCGAUGUCGAAGUUUCCUUCAAUUCGUCCAACUUAAAGGAGGCUGACUUAUUGGAUCCAAGUUGGGUUGAUCCUCAACUGCUCUGUAGUCAGAAGGCAGCAUCGGUUGGAGGCAAUAUUGGACCAUUCGGAAUACUGGCUUUAGCUUCAAAAGACUUGACAGAGCAAACCUCAAUCUUCUUUCGCGUUUUCAGAAGUAAUGACAAGUAUGUAGUGCUCAUGUGCAGUGAUCAAAGCAGGUCAUCUCUAGAGGAAGGACCCAAAAAGACCAUUUAUGGAGCUUUCAUUGACAUGGACCCUCUUAAUGAGAUGAUUUCACUGAGAAGUCUUAUAGAUCAUUCUAUUGUGGAGAGCUUUGGUGGGGAAGGAAGAGCUUGCAUCACUGCCAGAGUUUAUCCCAAGCUGGCCAUAGAUAACCAAGCCUACCUAUAUGCAUUCAACAAUGGCACUUUUGAUGUCAAUAUCUCAACCCUCAAUGCUUGGAGUAUGAAGAAAGCUCAAAUAGUUUCUUUCACAAAAAGAAGAAAGCCACAUCUGAACUGAAACAAGCAAAUAGAAUCAUAUUUAUAACUUUUCCUCCAAUUUCCAGUCGCCCAUUUCAUCAAACACAUUGCUAGUGAAACCUCUUGAAUUAUCUCAUCUUUUCUCCACCUUUCAUAUGUAGAAUUUUACAAAUUAUGGGUAUCAUCAAUUACCUAUAACAGAAGGCAAAUGGGACACCCUUUUUUACAUGUAUUGGCUUCUGUUAACAGCUCUUCGAAGGCAUCAUCUUCCAAUCUAUCUUCAAAGUACUAUAUAACACAAGCAAUUACAUGCUUACCACUAA